AUGGCUCUUCCAAAGAUGAAGUUGCAUCCUCAACUGCGAUCGUGCGACCAACUCACCAUCGGCUGUUCAAAGGAAACAGAAAGGCUCGUCGCAGACCCAGCUCCUGGAAUCUCUGCCCUCCCACAUGACGAUAACCUACGGUACUUUGAUGUCAUAAUUGAAGGUCCAGGAGGAAGCCCGUUCCAAAACGGCAAAUUCAAGCUAGAGCUAUUUCUACCUGAAGAAUACCCAAUGGCACCUCCCAAAGUGCGGUUUUUGACCAAGAUCUACCACCCCAAUAUCGAUAAGCUUGGACGGAUAUGCCUGGAUAUUCUGAAAGACAAAUGGUCACCCGCCCUCCAAAUCCGAACGGUCCUGCUGUCCGUUCAAGCCCUCCUAAGUGCUCCUAAUCCCGAUGAUCCCCUCGCCACCGAUGUUGCAAAACACUACAAGGAGAACGAAGCGGACGCUCAGCGAGUGAGCCAGGAGUGGACCCAGAAGUACGCCGUUUAG